CAUUACUGACGAGAUACCAAGGCAUCGGUCGAUCGUGUCAAGAAGCUAGGCUAAGAAGUGGGGAAAGUGGGACGAGUUUCGCUUGAGUGUGUAAGAUUGGCGAUGAGCAUAACUAGGAUAUUAGGUUUCAGUUUUCUUUAAAGUGAGUUUGAGGAUGCCAUAAGUACCUAACAGGUCAGGCACUACGAGGGCUGUACGAAUAAUACAUGAAUGUUAAGAACUGGUAUCCAUGCCGAAUUUAAUUCUUUGUGUCACUUUUCAAGAGAGCAGGAUAUACGCAGAUUGUCACCGACAGCUAAGACCUGUGAUGUUGAAACUUCGUCAAUAUCCUCAUAACUUAUGUGACACCGACCCCGGUGCCUCACUUUAUGUGAUUUUGUAACUCCUAACACUUGGCUUGUAUCUAACCAUACACUGUUAUACAUUUUACUUUUACUUCUUUCUCGAAUUGGUCUCUUCAUUUUUUCGUAGGACCAAUUUGAUGUUACUGUUACAUAAUCAUUUCCUUUUUCUUCCUUCUUUUGGCUGUUUAGGUUCAGUCUAAAGAGUGAAUCACCAUUCCAAGCCAUCUUCACCAUGCCCGGGAUCUGUCCAAGGUGUAACACGACGGUGUUCUUCAACGAGGAGAAGAUCGCCAUCGGAAAGCACUGGCAUAUCAAGUGUUUUUCAUGUGCAAAUGCGGACUGCCACCGCCGCCUGGACAGUGGCAACCUGACGGAGCACGACGGAAACAUCUUUUGCCGCUCUUGCUACGGAAAGCUGUUCGGCCCCAAGGGCUACGGCUACGGCGGAGGGGCUGGCGUACUCUCCAUGGAUACGGGUGACAGGUACAAGAAUGGGCCUCCUACCAGCAACAUCCCGGCAACGGCGCAAGCGCACGUGGCACCGCAGAACGGCACAGUCAAGCCGGUGACUGAGAAGCAGCCGCGCUGGGGAGGCACGGACAUCUGCCCACGCUGCGGCAAGGCCGUGUACAUGGCCGAGAAGAAGAUGGGAGGUGGCGCCGCAUGGCAUAUUUCGUGCUUCAACUGCACAGAGUGCCACAAGAGACUGGAGUCCACCAUCUUGUGUGAGAGGGAAGGAGACAUCUACUGCAAGACUUGCUACGGCAAGCACUUUGGCCCCAAGGGCUACGGCUUUGGAGUUGGCUCCGGGACCCUUCAGAUGUCGUAGACGAGACAAGAUGCCACGUCCCGGCCAGCCUGUUCAUCAUUCUGUAGAUAUGUGAAGACAGAUUAUCCAUGCAUUCUGAUAGACCAUCCAUGCGUCAGGCCCAGCCUGUCAGCUAAUUAGUGUCAGGCCCAGUGUUACACUUUGUGGUUAUCCUACCUGUUAGACACGUGUCACGCCCAUUGUAACGAUUUUCAUUGACCCGCUGGAAAAGUCAUUUCUCCUUAUCUAGGAUUUUUUCUGUAUCUACUUAAUUACGUUGAUAUUUUUCCAUUUACUUUUUAACCAUUUAUUAGACUAGCUUCGAAUUCUCUACAACUUUUGUGUGAGAAUUAUUUUUCAUACUACGGUUUCAUUUUUGCUUUUCUCUUCGUUAUAUUUGCAGUCUUUUCUUUGUAGGGCAAAACUUAACUUAAUUAAGAACUUAAGUUUAGUUUUAAACUUUCAAGUUGAAGCUGAAGAAAAAUACCCUAUUUUCCGGAGUUACCGCGUCGUCUCAAGUCGGAGUUUUCCAUUUUGCUAUUGUAAUUCAUUUAUGUCUGAUAUCAAUGUGAAAUGCUUCAAUCUUUCCACUACGGUAUUCAUUUUUUUCAUCAUCUUAACAUUUUUCUACCUCCUCAGUUAAGCUGUAGUUUUUUCUUGGGAUGAUACAGUAGAACCUUCAAUUAAGAUAAGGUUGUGUCAGUAAUGCAGCUUCUUAUAUUUUACUUAUUUAUUUUAAUAGCUGUAGCGUACCAUGCCACCAUUGGGCAGCUACUCAGAGAUAGCUAUUUUUUAAUUGCGCUAUUUUUCUUGUUUUGUGCUACGAGUUUGAACAAAAAUUUCAUGCUGUUUUAAGUCGAUAAUUAAGUAUGCUAAAAAAAAGGAUGGAUUUGCGAGCAUACUGCCGUAAGAAUAGUUAAGACCACAUUUGGAUAUAUUUAAUAAAAAUGUGUAAAUGAUAGAAAUGUACAAAUGUUAAAUCUUAACAGGCUUUCAUGUAGUCUUGAGUGUGCAAUCUAGCGGGAGUCUGAAUUACACUAUCAGAGUGCUUAGUUGCAAGUUGUUGAAUUAGUGCUUAUAGGUCACCACAUUUGCAUUAACGGUCAUGCCAGCAGUUUUGGGAUCCAUACACAUGACGAGUGUUUUCAGUGUGUCGCAUGUAACUCAUGUUGUCUGUCACACAUUCCUUGCAAGGAAAGACAGGAUGGUCCUUGUGCAUGCAUUUUGACCAAAAGCCAGAUUCUUAACGUUUGUUGGUAGCAAUUAAUUGGUAGACAUAUUUAUGACGUUGUACACUCUGGACUUACGUGUGAAGGUCCUGCUGGGACUAGUAGGUUUAUUUGGCUGUUGGCUGCGUUCACAGUUUUCUAUGUGCUUAAUGGUAUAUGUAUCCAGACAAUUACAAUUACCUGUCUCUUGCAAUAAGUUUGUGAAUGAUUUAAACCCUUUGGUUUUUCUUCAUUGCACUCUAACAAUUCCAAAGCAGCUUGUGACCACGUUGAAACUGGCAGGAUUCUUGAUGUUGCAUUGAAGUUAAUCAGCUCUCGUGGUUUCACCAAAUUAUAGUACUUCAGAACUGUAGUUCCGAUACAAUUGGUGGACAUGAUUCGGAUAUGAUUUAGUUUACAUUUCCAUUUGUGACACAUCCUUGCAUCAUGGUGCUACUGUUACCGAAUAAGAUUGUGCGAGGUUUCGUCCUUACUUUUUUAAUGGUUUUGCAUGUGUGCAUGCAUGCUGUGCCCAGAAAGCUAGUGAAUGGUUUUCUUUAAAUUUGAUUAGAUAUACUUGCGAUGAAUCUUCUCAGCCAGAGAUUGGUCACUUUUACCUAUUGAAAGAAAUUUGAGGUUAACAAGUUUGCCUCAAGUGGUACAGAAAUUGGAGAUCAUUGGACUUUCUUGCAGGUUGUAUUUAAUGUUUUGCUCAUAGUUUAUAGCACACUUACUAGAGCACUGCUAUCGCUAGGAAUAUUGAGCCGACGGCCUUCGCCUAACGAUUCUUUGAGGUCAUUUGUUGUGCCCCAGAACUAAACAGGGAAAUAUCUUUUAUAGAUACAGCUGAAUGUCGCCAUAUGUACCCUAAUUGUUUUUAUUAAAAUUAAAAAAAAAAAAGAGAGGACAUAUAGUUUACAAAAUUAAAUCUAAAGCCUGUGGUUGAGUGUCUUACCGUCUGCUCUAAAAUCAUUGCCUAAUUCUGAGCCUCCCUGUCUAGAUAAUGACACCAGUUUAGAAUUGUUUGACUUUGGUGUUGGCUACCUCCUGAAAAUGUUCUCACCAUGCUUUAAAAGCCCAUAGUUAAAUACUUCUCUAACAAUUCUGGCUUUGCUCAACCUGACCAUAAAGUCCGAUUCACACAUACAUUGCAGCACUAAAUCAGCACCAUAGAACAGCACUGACUUGAAUGUAACGUAGCACUGAUGCAGCGCUGUGUCGGCACUGAAUCACUGAUACAGUGCAAGGUCAUCAUCAAGUUCAACGCAAUUUCCAGGACUGACUAACGCCACUGAGGUAGUGCUAUGGCGUAUGUUUGAACUGGCCUUUAGAUAUGGUUACCAAAUCUAGAUAUCGCCAGAAUUAAUGCAGCUACCUUGGCAUGAUGCGCCCAAUCUGUGUCGACCAUUCUUGCACCCUGUAAUAAAUAUAUUUUACAACUCUGC